GGGAGGCAGACUGCCUUCCUCUCUUCUUCCUCCUCCUCCUCUUCUUCCUUCUCUUCUUCCUCGCCCAGACUUUCCCUGCUUCCCUUCGCCGGAGAGAACUUUCUGCAUGACUGUUCUUAAGAUGUCAUGGCGGCCGCAGUAUCGAAGCUCCAAGUUUCGAAACGUCUAUGGCAAAGUGGCCAACCGGGAGCAUUGCUUUGACGGGAUCCCUAUCACCAAGAACGUCCAUGACAACCAUUUCUGCGCAGUCAAUACCAAAUUCCUUGCCAUAGUAACGGAAAGUGCCGGAGGGGGCUCCUUUCUUGUCAUUCCGCUGGAACAAACCGGCCGGAUUGAGCCAAACUACCCCAAAGUGUGCGGCCACCAAGGCAACGUGCUUGAUAUCAAGUGGAACCCUUUCAUCGAAAACAUCAUUGCAUCCUGCUCAGAAGACACCUCAGUCCGGAUAUGGGAAAUCCCAGACGGAGGCCUGAAGCGCAACAUGACGGAAGCCGUCCUGGAGCUCUAUGGACACAGCCGGCGCGUCGGUCUGGUAGAGUGGCACCCAACCACCACCAACAUCCUCUUCAGCGCCGGAUACGACUAUAAGGUUCUCAUCUGGAACCUGGACAUCGGGGAACCUGUGAAGAUGAUUGACUGCCACUCUGAUGUCAUCCUUUGCAUGUCCUUCAACACGGAUGGCAGCUUAAUCGCUACCUCUUGCAAAGACAAGAAGCUCCGGGUCAUUGAGCCUCGCUCUGGCAAAGUCCUCCAGGAGGCAAAUUGCAAGAAUCAUCGCGUGAACCGAGUGGUCUUCUUAGGGAACAUGAAGAGGCUGCUGACCACGGGGGUCUCCCGGUGGAACACGCGGCAGAUUGCCCUUUGGGAUCAGGAGGAUCUAUCCAUGCCCUUAAUAGAAGAGGAGAUUGAUGGAUUGUCGGGCCUGCUUUUCCCUUUCUACGAUGCUGAUACUCACAUGCUGUACUUGGCAGGCAAGGGAGAUGGGAAUAUCCGCUACUAUGAAAUCAACACAGAGAAGCCAUACCUCACUUACCUCAUGGAGUUUCGCUCUCCUGCCCCACAGAAAGGCCUUGGAGUGAUGCCAAAGCACGGCUUGGAUGUGUCCGCAUGCGAGGUGUUCCGGUUCUACAAGCUCAUCACGCUCAAGGGGCUCAUUGAACCCAUUUCCAUGAUUGUGCCAAGGAGGUCAGAAACGUACCAAGAAGACAUUUACCCAAUGACUCCGGGAACCGAACCUGCCCUCACGCCAGACGAAUGGCUAAGCGGAAUGAAUAGGGAUCCCAUAUUGAUGUCUUUAAAGGAAGGCUAUAAGAAAGCAUCCAAAGUAGUUUUUAAGGCACCUAUAAGAGAGAAAAAGAGUGUAGUGGUGAAUGGCAUAGACCUUUUGGAAAAUGUGCCCCCCAGGACAGAAAAUGAGCUGCUUCGAAUGUUUUUCCGACAGCAGGACGAGAUCCGGCGGUUGAAGGGCGAGCUUUCGCAGAAGGACAUCCGAAUCCGGCAGCUUCAGCUGGAACUGAAAAACCUUCGUAACAGCCCCAAGAACAAUGAACUGUAAAGGACUUUUUCUAAACAAACUCCUUGUUUAUACCCCCGUCUCUAACGCCCCUUUGUCCACUUUAACCCCGUGAUAUGAGCCAGAGUCCCCACGCCAAAAGAGGGGUGCACCCACUAACUGGAAGUAUGUCCUUCUGUGGUUGUUACCUAGCACUAAAAAGACAUUUUACCCUAACUGAGAACUACUGCAUGAAGAGGACAAAGGGAUCCGCUGGAUUCCCCGUGUUCUCUUGGAGUCGGGAGAAAAGUCCAUUUGUUCCUUGACGCCACCAGGUUACGGAGUUCGCCAAGGGCACAAGUCUUUUGCAUUCAACCUCGAUCUUUUCAGGGCCCAGGAAAUGAAAAAGGAAAACCUGCCUGCCCUGCAAAAAAAAAGCAAGCAGAAUUCAUUCCUAUUCAUAGUCUGGUUUGGGAUUAUUAUUAUUAUUAUUAUUAUUAUUUCCUAUGCAAAGUGUGAUUGACAAUAUACAUUGGGUACAGAACUGGAAUUCAGGUUUGGAAAAACUACAAAACAAAAAACUGGAAGGUACAGGGAUGAACUCAGCAUGAAUUCAGCCCCCUCUUUUCCAGGUCAAUGUCCUGAAGGGUUUUGCACAAGCCAAAGAAGGUAAACCCCAGCAGCUCUUUUAGGAAUGCUGCAGAUGAUGCUGGUGGUUGCAUCCUUGAAGGCCAUGCGCUGCUUUCUCAGCGUUCCUUUUUAAAAAAAGAAAAAAACCUAUACCUUCCCCCCCCCCCCAACCCUAUGGCCACUGCAAUUCUUCAUAUUAGGGCAGACCCAUAUUAAAGGUGCAAAGAGGCUUGCUGCUAAUGUGUCCACAUCUGGUUAGUUGUUAGAUAACAGAGGCAACGCUCAACCUGGAAUCUGUCCUUUCUGAACAAAUGGGGCUUGCACCAGACUGGGUUCCUAGCUGUUUUAAUCCCACUCAGUGAUAGCUUCCAUGCCAGUGGGUUUCGUGGAUCCAUUCUGGGUUUCAGACUGGAUUUUAAAAGACUAGAUACAGAAGCUUGGACAGUUCCUUUACUGUUCAGACUGAAAUCCAGAAUGGACGCAAUACACAACUGACCCAGAAGCCACCAGAUAACCCCCCACUUCUUCAGAUAUUGUCAAAUGAUUGUUAAACUCAUAUGAACACAGAAAGAAGUUGCAAGAGUCUUGCAGAUCAACAUAAUCAUGAGAAUCAAGGGGGAAAUGGAAGCUGCUUUGAAGACCUUUGGGACAAAUAGCCACCUAGAAAUACAAAUAUAAUAACUGUUAUCUUGUUCCCUUGGAGAUAAAUCAAAAUGCAACAUGGGGAAAAGCCAACAGGAGAUGUAGAAAAGGCAGUGGGAGUGAUCUGUAGUAGCUGGUGGCUCCCAUGUCCGCUCUGGGUUCAAUCCAAACUUUUAACAGAGUGAAAUCAUUGAGACUAUUUGGGAGAAGCUGCCCUUGGACAAGAUUCUGGCAAAGGCGAAUCACUUCUCAAAAAUCUCCUUAGCAAUUGUGAUGAAGUCUUACUUAAUGGGACUGCGUGGCAUAGUGGUGUGAGCAUUGGACUAUGACUCUGGGGGACAUUUGCAAGUGUUUCAUGGUGUCACAACUACCUGUGAAAUUGGCCUACUGCUGCAAAGCCAAGCCGAAAAGCACGCCAUCCUAAAACCCUUCUAGAAUACAUUGGUUCAACAGUUACGGUCAUAAAUGAGUGCAUGGGGGUGGUGUGUGUGUGUAUGUGCUGUAUAACAGAUGGGAUGAAGAUAGGUGAGAUUUUUCCAUGAGAAAUAUAGUGACACCAGGAGGCCUACCUUACAGGGUUGCUAUAAGCCCUGGUGUCCUUACAUUGCAGGAGCAUCUGAAUGCAAAAAAAAAGGCACUAUGGGAAUGCUGCGUAUUAAAUGCACAUAGCACUUGCACUUCUAGGGCUGGAAUGAGGGUGACCUGUUGUCCCUCCCUGGACAUGCCGUUUGGUCAAAAGAUGCCCCUACGAGCGGGACGACUGAGCCAAUGGGGAGGGCCAGUCCUGCAAAUACAUCUCUAUAUGAAAAAACAAAAACUGGGUCCAGACUCAUCUCUCCUUUGGGGGUUAGCUGUUGCACCAAGAUGGACUUGCAUUUCUGGGGCUGGAACGAGGGUGGCCUGUUGUCCAUCCCUGCCCCAGACAUGCUUGGUCAAAUACAUCUUUAUAUGACAACAACUCCAGACUUAUCUCUCCUUUGGGGGUUAGCUGUUGCACCAAGAUGUUUUGACUGUGCAAAGAGCGAACAGACUUAAGAGGAUGGGACUCUGUUGGUGUUAAGAGAGGGAAUUUUUGCCAAGUGCAGCUUCUUCCAUCAUUGCACUGGAGGAGGAAGCUUCACCUAUCAGAUGCCCUCUGUGACGGACACCAUUCCUUCAAGCAAGGCUCGUGUCGGACACCCUUGGCAUCAUCUUAUGCGGACAAUCACUUUUCUUCAGACUGAGACCCAGGUGGCAAGGAAGGCGGCCGCUUUGGGUGGACACAAGCCAUCUCCCAAUCUCAAGCCAGGCAACUGUGCCCACAUCCCUGUUACCCACCACCACCAUCACCGCCACUGUUUACACAUCGUGCCCGGUGCCUAACGCUGAUCCCCCUCCUGUUCCGUUUUCUCACUCGCUUAUUAUUUAUGCUGCCAUAAAAUAGUGAAAAAAAUUAAAUGAUAAUAAUAAAACGUUACCAAGAUACCAAAACCAG